CCCCGAGAUCUCGUUCAGCCAUAGAAACAAAGAUGGUGGCUCCCUGAUCGUCCAUGUGGCUUCGCAGAUAGAGAAACUCCUUCGUAACUCCACGUUAACUUAUUUAACAUAAUUAAAACAAACAGCGGAAUCUGCGGUGAAGCUGCGAGCAGCUCUGUGAGGAACUAAACAUGCAACACGACGACGUGAUCUGGGACAUUAUUGGAAACGCGCAGUUCUGCUCCUUCAAAGUCAAGACAAAGAGUCAGAGCUUCUGUCGGAAUGAAUACAACAUCACAGGCUUGUGUAACCGCUCGUCCUGUCCUCUGGCCAACAGUCAGUACGCCACCAUCAAGGAGGAGAAAGGUCAGUGUUUUCUCUACAUGAAGGUGAUCGAGAGAGCAGCUUUUCCUGCCAAAAUGUGGGAAAAAGUGAAGCUCAGUAAGAACUACGAGAAAGCUCUGGAACAGAUCGACGAGAACUUGAUUUACUGGCCUCGAUUCAUCAGACACAAAUGUAAACAGAGAUUCACCAAGAUCACCCAGUACCUGAUCCGCAUGCGCAAACUGGUCCUCAAGAGACAGAGGAAGUUGGUUCCUCUCAGCAGGAAGGUGGAGCAGAGGGAGAAGAGGAAAGAGGAGAAAGCUCUGAUCGCUGCUCAGCUGGACAACGCCAUCGAGAAGGAGCUGCUGGAGAGACUCAAACAGGGAACGUACGGAGACAUCUACAACUUCCCCGUUCACGCCUUCGACAAAGCCCUGGAGCAGCAGGACGAAGAAAGCGAGUCCGAGUCCGAGGAGGAGGAGGACGACGAGGAUGUGGGGAAGAGAGAGUUUGUAGCAGAAGAAGAAGUGGAGGAGAGCGACCUGAGCGACUUCGAGGACAUGAACGAGCUGAAGACGAGCAGCGACGAGGAGGAGGACGAGGAGGGGUCGAGUGAAGAAGAGGAGGAGGAGGAGAUGGAGGUGGAGAAGAAGGCCUCCAGGUCCAAAGGCAAAUCUCCCGCCAACGGCUCCGCGGCGAGGAAGAAGCGAGUGUACGUGGAGAUCGAGUACGAGCAGGAGACGGAGCCCGUCCCCAAGAGCAGAGCCACGUAGUGAUGUCGGCCGCCAAUCAGACUGUGAGCCGAGACUCUGCCGAGGACACGAUCCUCCACGUACCGCCAGCACAUCUGGAUGACACCUCACAGUGUGUUUACGGAGCUCGCUCACCGCGGUUCGUCUUCAUCCCCCCGUGACACCGGGCUGCUGUUCAUGUUUAAAGUGACACGUAAAGUUUUCUGACGAGGUGCUUUCGCUCGCUUGGUGUGUGGCGGUUGGCUCAGGUCUCCUGCAGGUCUCUGAACCAGAGAGCAGUCAGGACCGCGGUUCGGUAUCCCCAUAUCAGAUCAGAAUCCUUUCCAGUCCCGUGUUGAACCUCCAAGUUCAGCUUUCGUCAUUUACAAGUAAAUCAAGUUCUAAGCAACGACAGAGAUUCAGCUCCGGUCCGAGCUCCGAUGCGGCUGGUGAGAAGCCAGACGGCAGCUGACGCCCCACCUUUUCUCCACGGUUCAUUUCUGCAGUAAAGACGUCUGAGACGCGGUGAUCUGGUUUUCACUCGUCCCGGAUGUCUUUAAGGCAGAAACGCUUGUAGAGCGGACUGACCCUUUGUGUCCUCGGGCUCCGGCUGCGUCGCCGUUUUCACGUCGCUCUCACUCCUUCACGAAGGAGCUUUUGAGCCGAGCGUUCCUAUGGACUGAGUGUAAUUCACAAUAACACCACUCAUCUUACUGCUAUUUAGCCUCAUCCUCAAAGGGGUAAAGGGUCAGUUCAACCAAAAAAGGAAAAAAUAAACCUAUUUCCACUCAGACGGUUUUGGUUUUGUGCGUCCUGGUUUGGAGAGUUGUCUCUGAGAUUCCUGCCUUUUUCGCAGAAAUCCAGAUCCAGUAAAUCUGCAUCAUCAUCAUCAUAAUAUUUAAUAUUAAUAUUAAUAAUAAUAAUAGAAUAAAUUAGCUUUGGGGGGGAAAAUCUGAGCUCAAAGCCUGAGGUUUGUUCCUUGUCUGGAGUAAAAGGUUCACAUUCAUUUGUAGAACCUGCUUUUUUCCCAUGAAGUGGAAAGUUUGGGGAAAAAACAGCGGAGGACGAAGAAUUCAGAUCAUUUACGUAACCAGUACAACAACUAAAAAUACUCCAAGUAAAAGUCCUGCAUUCAAUAUCCUACUAAAGUAAAAGUACACAAGUAUUAGCAGAUAUAUUUAUUUCAGGUAUUAAAAGUACUCAAUAAAAGAUGUUAGUAAUCCUGAGUCACGGAGGCUUCGGCAGCGUUUUACUGCUGGAGCUGCUUUUAGCUACGUCACAGACAGGUAGAUGGUUUAGUCCACUGGUUCCCAACCCGGGGGUCGAGCCCCUCCAGAGGGUCACCAGGUGAACCUGAGGGGCCGUCAGAUGAUUCACGGGCCAGUUUUCAAUAAACAGUAACGGGUCAAAAGUUCCUGACGAAGCCCAGUGUCCAUGUUAAAUGAGGUCUGACCCGUCACUGGGUCCUGUGGUGGGUAUCAGGCCUUGACCCAGAUCAGCUGAGCCCCACCACAGACGACACCUUUUGUUUGUUCCGACGGUAGAAAAUGAAAUGGGAAAUAAAGAGAGUGACUUAAAGAGGCAGUAAACAGAGCGCCGGCCCUCGACAGAGUGUGUUGAACCUGGGGUGAAGCGAUGUCGUGAUUCUGCGGAAAAACGCUUCCAGCCUCAACACAGAUUUCUUUACUAAUCCGUUCUUUUGGACUUUUCUCAAAUCUUUGAUUUUAGUUUUUGUGAAUUAUCGUAUCAUUUGAACCAUGAAACCAUGUGAGAAGUUUAGAGGAGAAAUGUCUCUUUGGUCUCACUCAAGAAACAAUAACGCAAGGUUGGAAACCACUGGUUUAACCUUAAGCAUCGUGUUUUAUGAACUGAUGAUGUGUUUCCAAUGUAAAAUCUAAACCAGGGAAGUAGCUGAAGCUGAGAAACAGAUGUAAGGCAGUUAAAGUCCAGAAUUUCCCUCUGAAAUGUGGUGGAGUAGAAGUAGAAAGUAGCCGAGAAUGGAAAUACUCAAGUAAAGUACAAGCACCUUCAAAAUGUACUUCGUUACUUCCCACCACUGGAAAUAACCGGUCACUUUAGAUGGAGGAAGGUGCCUCCACCCUGCUACGGUAGAGAUCAAAGUUACUGAGAGCGACGUGUCUCCACAGUAAAUAAAGGCGUAGUUUCAUCUUUCUAAUAAAGAAACAGCUCUGUGUUCUGUGGAUUCCCUAAAAUAACAGGCUCUGUUUCUGAAAGAUGCUGCUGCUGCUGCUGGGGUUUUUAAUCCUAUUACAGCCGAGGCAGAAAUCACGAGACGGAUUUGUCCCAGCGUGCACCAUAAAAACCAAAACCAUCGCACUGGGAAAUAUGUUUUGCUUUUUCUUUAUUUUGCCAGUCGUUUGGUUGAACUGACCAUUCGUUUCCAUUUUGGGAUCAGCUCUGAGGAACCACACAAAGUGGCUUUAACCUUCUUUUUCUGCUUGACGGUGACUCAAAAAUGGCAUUUCUUAUUUGUGUUUUGUUAAAUAUUAGAUGCAUGAAUGAUCUUUGAAAAACACACCACGAGCGCAAAGCAGCAGAUGACGAACACGUGAACAAAUCGACUUAGUUUAUAUGCUCCUCUUAAAGAUAUUUCUCAACUCUCUAAAUAUUUUAUAUGUGCAAAAUAAAGAAG